AUGCUGGAGAACCCGGCGCUGAGGAGGUCAUUCCAUGCGACUCCCGCGAGGCAACGGGAUCACCACUUCGACACUCUGAAGUUCGUACAGCGUCUCAAGUCGGAUGGCUUUACCGAGGAGCAGGCCGAGGCCAUGAUGAAGGUCCUCAACGACGUAAUCCAGGAAAGCAUACAGAACCUCACCCGCACGAUGGUCCUCCGCGAAGACGCCGCCAAAGCAACAUACACCCAGAAAGUCGACUUCGCGAAGCUGCGUUCCGAGCUCCUGUCGGCCGAUAGCACCGAGUCGAAUACGACGCGCGCAUCCCACGAGCGCCUGGCCAACGACAUCGCGAAGCUGAGCUCGCGGUUGCGCGACGAGAUCGGCCGGACCCAGGCCAGCGUGCGCCUCGACCUCAACCUGGAGAAGGGUCGCAUCCGCGAGGAGGCCGUCGGCCAGGAGCUCAAGAUCAAGGAGACCGAGACCAAGAUCGAGCAGGAGGUCGCGGCUUUGAGGGAGAAGCUGGAGCAGGUCAAAUUCCAGACGCUGCAGUGGCUGAUGGGUGUCUGCACUGGUUUUGCUGCCCUGCUGCUUGGUGCUUGGAGAUUGCUCAUGUAG